AUGAAAAUAGCAUUUGAUAAUUUUAUCCAUCGCACAUUUUAUCGUUGGGGUUUUAUUGCCUAUCGCUUUCGAUUUGUUCUAUUUGUUGUACCAAUUCUGCUUACAAUAGCACUUAGCUUCGGAUUUAUUUUCAUCAAAGCACAGACAACCAUUGACCCACAAUAUGUGUUUUCACCAAAAAAUGCAAAAUGGCGCUAUGAAAAAGAAAUAUUAAGCCAACAUUGGCCACUGAAUGAGCAAGAAUUUUGGCCUGGAAAAAGCUAUGAUUAUAAUGGAUAUGUGGAUAUUAUUGCAGCUGGAAAAAAGCAUCCCAAAUUUGGCAGGCCAAAUAUGCUAAGAAUUGAAUAUUUGGAUGAGUUAGAACGAAUUAAUCAGCAUAUUAUAAAUAAUAUAACGAUACCGGUAACACACAAUAAUAUAGCAUAUAAAGUUGGUUUUACGGACUUGUGUAUGUCAUACGAUUGGAAGUGUUUUAUGAAUGAGCAUGUGAUCAUGCUAAUGCCUAAGGAACGCUGGACUACUUUCGACUCCAAAUUUGCAGAAUUCGCAGAUGAUAUAAUCACUAAUGAAGUAAAAAUAACAUACCCAAUUGGGUGGAGAGGCACAGAGCCUAUUUAUUUUGGGGCAUUAAUUGGUGCACCACAUCUUAUUGAUAAGGAAGGUCACUUUGAUUAUGUUCGAGCUGUACGACUUACGUAUAAUGUUCGUGAUGAUAAAGUAAGUAAUAUCAGUUAUUUAUGGCGUAAAAAGGUUGCCAGUUACUUAUCGGAUGUAGAACAACCUCCAUCUAAAAUUCUCGAAUUUGGAAUGUUCCAUAAUGAAAGCUUACCUGAAGGAUUACAACAAGUAGCAGAUAUAUUAGCACCAAAAUUUAUUACAGGUAUUGGCGUCGAUGAUAUGUUUAUAAUGAGCGCAGCUUGGCACCGAACAAGUACUCAGCAUCACGUGUCACGGCGGUUAGCAGAGAUGCUUGCAGAAGCAGCAGUGGCCAUAUCAAUCACAUCAUUUACGGAUAUGUUAAAUAGAGCAAUUUUAAAGCAGUGCAAUAACUGA